CAAGACCUUAACCGCUGAUAUUUAUUUCUUAUGACCGAACAAAAAACGGACGUAGACUUCGCAAAGCGCUGAAUAUUUGUUCCCCUGCCACAUAUGUGAGCAUAACAAACCUAUAAAACAAAGCAUUCAUGUACAAGUAGUUAUCUUCCCACUUGUUGUCGUCAUUGUCACGUUAUUAAAUAUGAUGCUACGCAAUUUGGAUUACUUAGAAUAUAUUGCUACACAAUUUGGUUAUGCUACACAAUUGGGAUGAGUUAAAAUAUGUUGAAUUGCUCUGUUUGAGCUUAAGGUCACUUAGGAAAAAUAGGUAAAUUAGGACUGGACACCAGACACCGACAUGCCUGAAUCAUAGGAACAGCUGGCGUCUGCCCCAACACUAAAUAGAGUUUUCUUGAAUUAAUAUGUAGAAUAUGAAAACUCUGAGGAUACUUUGUUGUACCCAUACUGUAUGUUAUAUAUAUUUUAUUUUGUGUUGACAAAAAACUCGAAACUUGAUAAAUUAAACAAAUUAACAAAAAUGGAAUUAAAAUCUGUAUUCAACUUUAUAUCAUUAUUUGAUUGUCAUGUUAUUCAAUUACAGGUAAAGUGCGUUGUUGGGUUAUACGAUACAUGUAUUUUACAUUACAUAAACUAAAAGGUAUAUUUGUGUUUUUAUUUCGUCGAAAACUUUCGUAAAUUACUUCCCACAUCGUUAUACAAGGUAAACCUCGACAGGUAUGACGUCUACAUCGUUUUACAUUUUAUAUAUCUUGUGAUAGUUAACAGAUACGUGAAAGUGUGUGCACAGUUUCGAUUUGUUUAACAUAGUAAAUGAAUUGUAAACCUUUUUGAUGCAACGUGGAAACUAUUAAUCAAGGUAAGCUUACAAAAUGGAAAAGCGGCACAUUUACAUUGCAAUGUGCUCAACCCACUCUGAUGAAGUUGCUAAAGCAGCGUGCAUAAGCACAAAAGAACUUCUUUGUUUUGAUUGCAUUUUGGAAAAAGCAAAGGCAUCAGAACCUGUUAAGGAACUUCAAAAAAUGUCUGAUGGAGUUGAAAAGCUCAUACUUGAUUCUUUAAUGGAGAAUCAAAAAGCUCAGAGAAAGAACAACUAUAUUGACGUAUACAAAAGGAAAGCAGAAGAUGCCAAAGAAAAAGUAAGUGAUCAAAUUCAUUGUUUUUAUAAAGAACUUUCUGAAAAAAUCACUAAAAUGAGAGAUAAUACACUUUUAUCUUUGGAAGCAAAAUAUACUUUGUUUCUUGAAAUGUGUAAUAAAGACGAAGAGAAACUCAAGACUACAACGCAAAGGAUCAAUGAACACCUCGAUAAGUUAUCUUCAGCAAAAGAAGAUGAUCUUGAUAAAUUCAAAGCAGAAUUGGAAGAGAUCAUGAAGAAACUAGAUGACAUUGCUGAUCAUGAAUCUUGUCCUGAAGCAGAUUUUCAUGCUUCAAAAAAAUUGAAGGAAGUUAUACUUAUGCCAGAGAGCAAGAUUGGAGAAGUCAGUUUGUAUGCAAAUGAUCAUUACGAGGAGCUGGGGCCAACAGAAGGUGCGGAAAAUGAAACAAACCCCGAGGGAAAAGGUUUUGAAGAACCACCGCCAGCCAUUCCUCCGAAACCCGAAAGUAAGAUAGUUGAUUCGGAUGAAGUCAGUUAUGUUAAAUCAAAAGUAAUUCCACAUAAAAAUACAAUAUCAAGUAAUGAGUCAGGUUCGCAAGUACCUGAAGACAAUUGGAAAUCAAAAGGAGAUCAAAAAAAGCGGGCAAAAGAAAAAAAAACACGAACAAGCUUUUUCCCGUGGAAAAGUAAACCAGAUAAACUACAAGAUAAGCUACAAGAUUAUGAAGAAGUUAGUUUUACAAAUGAAAAAUACGAACGAGAGGCAAGGUAUUUAGUUAAUAAAACAGUAACACUGUCUGAGUUUCCAGGUGGGUUAAGUACCUCGUUUAAAUUCACAAAGCUUAUUCCAAUCGGUUUGAGUAAAAUUGGACUCUUAAGCGAAAAACAUUCAAGUAUUUUUGUAUGUGGUCUGGACGGAAAGAUUCAAUGUACUAACAACUAUCCCAAAGACGCUGUUAUCAGCAUUGUGGAAAUGACAGAUGAUAUGAUAGCGGUACUCAACAAGACAGGAACGUCAAUUGAAACAGUAAAAGUAACAGACAAGAGAUUUGAAGUUAAAAAUACUAUUAGCAUUAAACUGGACAUUUCAAAAGUCACGGGAUUUGAUUAUUCAAAAACAAAAUCCCAGUUUGCUAUUGGGACCGAAACGGAAUAUGUCAUUCUUGAUAAAAAAGGAAAGAAAAUCAAAUCCAUGAGAAUGGAGACAAGUGUGGAUACUAAAGGGACCCAGAAUCAGCAUGUUUGUACCAAGGCAAGCUCAACAUUACAUCUUCUCAUGCAGUCAUACAGUUUUCAACAGCAGAUGGAAAGCCUGAAAAGGAAACACGAAACUGAUGAUCUCAUACAAACUGUCUCGGACUCUGUGUAA